GCGCAUUGGAAUGAGCUUUCCACCCCGAUCGGAUCAGUGAACUUUCCUGUCCAGCCGAUGUUGUUUUCCGAUGUUCUCGGUUGUGCCUUACUAUUCUCUUGCACGUAUUCCGGUCUGUUUUAAGCCGUGCCCUAGCACUGGCGCAUUUGGCCGUGUUCCAAGAAUUUUCAAGCGACAAUAUUGUAAUCACAACAAUUUGAGUUCUCGCACUCCUGUCCGAUUGAGACCCUAUGUGAAGCUCGCGCGCUAUGACAAACCGAUAGGCACCUGGCUUCUAUAUCUUCCAUGUACUUGGAGCAUUGCCCUUGCGGCAACACCUGGCCAUUUUCCAGACAUGAAACUACUCGCCAUAUUUGCGGUUGGCGCCAUUCUGAUGCGCGGUGCCGGUUGUACUAUUAACGAUUUAAUGGACCAGAAUUUCGAUCGUCAAGUGGAGAGAACAAAAAGCAGACCACUUGCUUGUGGUGAUCUCACAUCUAGGGCAGCGCUUGCUUUUCUCUGCGUGCAACUAUCGGCGGCCUUUGCAGUCCUUUUGCAGUUGAACUACUACAGUGUUGGACUCGGGUCUCUCUCAUUAUUGCUGGUGACCACUUAUCCUUUAUUUAAGCGUUUCACCUAUUGGCCGCAGUUGGUACUCGGACUCACUCUGAAUUGGGGUGUCUGGCUUGGUUAUUCUGCAGUGUUCGGUUAUUGUCAUUUGCCCAUUUGCCUUCCACUAUACAUAGGCGCAACAGUUUGGACUGCAACUUACGACACCAUCUAUUCUCACCAAGUUUUGCUUUCAACUGGGGUGCACUCCUUGGGUAUGCAGCCGUCGUUGGUCACUUCGACCCCCUAAUCUGUAUACCUUUGUACGUUGCCGGCAUCAAAUGGACUCUCAUCUACGAUACUGUUUAUGCCUUCCAGGACAUUGAGGAUGACUUGUCAAUUGGUGUCAAAUCACUCGCCAUCCUGUUUGGAAACAAAACGAAGUCUUACCUCACCCUGUUCCACUUGGGAAUGUUCGCUAAUUUACUGCUGGUUGGUGUUAAUAUUAAUGCCACCUGGAUUUACUACUUUGGAACUGCUAUUACGAUGGCUCACUUAGGCCACCUGAUAUACAAGACGGACCUACGGAGCCCAAGUAGCUGUUUGAGCACCUUCAAUGCUGGAAGGACGACCGGACUGAUUUACUUCACAACCAUAGUACUGGAGAAGUUGUUCACAUCGACACCGGUAUAGCAAACUUUUUCACAACUGUGAUGUUCACUGUACAUUUGUAGCGAAGACAUACACGUGCGUAAAAUAUCUUAUAUAC